GCCCCAGCCCCCUCGCCUGACAGUGAGGAUCGCGUGUUGCUCUCUUAAGCGGGAGGGAAGAGGGAGAAGGAAUCCGCAGGGCCCCUAUUCCCAAGUGGACUUGCCUGGGUUGAGCUGAGUGGCCGUGACCACGUUGGAUCCUCAGCCUGCGGAUUUCUUCACCAGGUGCGCCGAGUGUUUCCCGGGGGCGCAGCUGUGCUUUUUUUUUUUUGUACGAUUCCCUCUGAGAGAGCAAGCGAAUUCCCAUCACUUCAAGGGGGACUUGUUCUGUCCUAUUCAAAGUGUGCAGCAGCAAGCAACAUCUUGGGGUCCUGGAUGACUUCUGGAGCUUUUUGAAAGGAUGUGGUUUCUUCUCCCACAAGGCGCAGGUCUGAAAGGAAUAUGGCAUCUGCUGCUCAGUCCAUGUUGCAGGGGAAGCCAAGCCUGGGGGCAAGGAAAAUGAUGUGCAGCCCGAAGCCUGGUCCGUUUGUGGUGCGGCCAAUAACUGUGAAAAAGAUCAUGCCACAAAAUCGGCUGGUAAAGGAGAUGGCCUUAACUUCCCGAAGGAGUCCGAGGAUUUCCUUAAAAGACAACAAGGAAAACAUCCCUCUGAGAACCACUAAGGUUAAAAGUUCUGAUGGGGGUAAUGCCAAGAUGGAAUUGAAGCCUUCUCCCCCAUGCUGCUCUUUGGAUCUCGAGGUAGGACCCCUGCCAUCAGGGACAGGCAUCCUGUCUCCAAUCAGUGCCAACACAGGUGAAUCCCUGCCAGAUGAUGAACGAGAUCUGGCUAUGGCAAAAAGAGUGCGCCGGUCUUACAGCCGCAUGGAGAUCUCCUUGACCCGCAGCUUCCUGGAGAAGCAAGAGUCUCCCAACUCUGGCCACUCGGAUACUUCCACACCUAACCACGGCCCCGUUAAGCGGCAAACUCUCUUUGGCUUUGAGAAGUUCCUUGUUCCAGAAGAGCUGGUCAACGUGUCUCCUGUGAAUGCAGAUGCCACCCAGAAGUCAACAGUGGCAGAACCUAGCACCAUCAAGGAGCUCGACAUUGACAUCCCGGGUAUUUCAUUUGUCAAGGAAAAACGGAGGAAAAAGAAGAUGCCUCAAUUUGAUGAAGCAGAGCUAGAUGAGUGGGCCACCCAGAUGAAUGCAGAGUUUGAAGAAGCAGAGAGAUUUGGCCUCCUUGUGGAAUGAAGACUCCUUUGUCACUGAGACUCAGCAUAUUAGCUCCCUAACUGCUCUCUGGACACAGAUGUGGGGCUUGCCAGAAGGAACUUUUCAAGUUCCCCCAAACUGAAAAGCAGUAAAUCUCUCCUUUCAGAUGGACUUGGUGGCAAAGGCAUCUCCCCUUCAUGGAGUUUCUAAAGCAAAUGAGAUUGUGUUGCACAAGUCCAGCUGCUUAGUGAAGAAUGUCUCUUGGGCUGUGACGUGAACAUCUCAGGGGCAGGUGUGGUGAGCGUGGCGGGGGGGCAGGGAGAACAAGUCCUGGCUAUAUCUCAUGUAAUAUCUGCUAAAUAACAAGUCUUGAGCUUUUGUAACAUCUCAUUUGCAUGAACUGCCUGUGAUUGUGUGUGCAUUUAGCACAAGUUUUCAUUCUGUAUUCUGUAUUUUUUAAAAGGAUGUUUAGCUGGGGUUGUGCCUUGGUGACAGGUAAAAAAUAACUACUUGGACUAUUCCAAAUGUGUACAAAAGUAUAAAACAAUUCCUCUCUUGUCCCCCAUCCCCACUAAGAGUUUUUGCAUCCAGUAGGGCAUUUUACUUUUUUUCUUCUGUGUUGGCUUUCUAGAAUCUAGAGAUUGAUAUUUACCUACUUUGGAGCAUAAAUGGGGUUAGAUACCAGCUCCUCUUCCCCAAUUUUUAUGCAAUAUUUAAAUGGUAAGCUUUACAUGAUCUUUCUUUGCAGUGAAAUGCCGCACAGAUAAAAAAAAUCCUAUUGUUAGUCCAUGGUUGCUAAUUCUGAUUGUAUGUGUAAAUGGUGAAACAGGGUAGUAGUUGCAUGAGGUUAUUUCAUGUCUUUCCCCUGGCUGUGUUUCUGUUUUGCAAUGCACAUGUGUAAGAAUAGGCGUAGAAGAAUUAAAAAGGCUUUUCCUAACUUCAUAGUGGCAUUAACCUGUUGGAAAAAGAACCCUCACCAUGUACAUUUUGAUUUCUAAUCCUUCUGCUUGAUAUUCGCUUUAUUGGUAGGUUUUUGCGAGUUUCUUAAUGAUACCUUGUGUGUUGUAUCAGCUAGCAGAAAUCUCAGAUGGCACAAGUUGCUUAUAGCAGAUAUGUGAUGAAGGGAAAUCCUUACCUGGGACAGGGAGUGAAGCAUGCUUUGUUUGAGUUCAAAGCAUGUAAUAGGAAUAAUAGUUUUUUUUUUUUAAAUCACACGGUCAUCCUGUUAGGCUGUUCUGGGCUUCUGAACCUGCCUGACCUGUCCAGAAUGUUUAUACCAAUGCAUCAGUAAUAAAUGACUUUAAAAUCAUAAUAA